AUGAAAAAAGAAUUACGUAUUUUAUAUGAACAUAGUUGCGAAGUAUUAUCUGUACGUUUAAAAGUAUUUAUUAUUGGACAUCUUCAUUUAAUACAAAAUGUGAGAACAAAUAUUCAAUAUAUACUUAAUCAAACAAGAUCACCAGCUGGUUCCAGUCAAUUAAGUUGGUUACAAAUAGUUGAACAAUUUACAUCAAAAACUAGUUCACCUGCUGAACAAUUAUUUCAAUUAACAAUAACAGCAAAAAUUUUUCGAAUAAAUUAA